CUAAGCAAAGACUUUGCGAUCUCUUAGAGUGGACACACCGUGCACAGGAAACGCAAGCAUCCUCAGCUGUAUCCAAUCACGCUUCCGUUUGUGUCCCAGAUGCUGCCCCAGGAAGAAAACAAGUGUUUGCGGAAUUUGGCGGCCAAGGCCCUGGAUCCAGGCUUUAUUCUCACCCCCACCCCACUUUCUCUCUGAGCAGACCCUGAAAAUCCAUCCACCAGAACUGAAGGGUGGGCCCGGCUUUCUUUACGCGGCUCCUGAGACCCACGGUGGGCACUCUCCGGGGCUCCACCGGCCCCGGGGCGCGAGCCCAGCCGCGACCCGCGAGGAGCCCCACGUGGGGCUGGGGAAAGGCAGGCGGAGGGAGCGGCGCGAGGCCCGCAGACGGCUCCCGAGGGAGCGCGGCGAGGGAAUGAAGUGAUUGCAGUGGGUUGGAAGGGCCUGAAGGAUGUCGACCAAAUCAACAUGGACAGCACCAGCUCACUGCACGGGAGCAGCCUCCACCGGCCAUCCACUGAGCAAACCCGAACCGACUUCUCCUGGGAUGGCAUCAAUCUCUCCAUGGAGGAUACCACUUCCAUUCUUCCGAAGCUUAAGCGAAACUCGAACGCCUAUGGCAUUGGGGCCCUGGCCAAGUCAUCGUUCUCAGGGAUUUCAAGAAGCAUGAAGGACCACGUGACAAAGCCCACAGCCAUGGGGCAAGGCCGAGUGGCCCACAUGAUUGAGUGGCAGGGCUGGGGGAAGGCACCGGCCAUUCAGCCGCAACACAGCCACGAGGCCGUGCGCAGGGAUACGGAUGCCUACUCGGACCUCAGCGACGGCGAGAAGGAGGCACGUUUCCUUGCAGGUGUCAUGGAACAGUUUGCCAUCUCUGAGGCCACACUCAUGGCCUGGUCUUCCAUGGAUGGUGAGGACAUGAGUGUCAACUCUGCCCAGGAGCCACUGGGCUGCAACUACAGUGACAACUACCAGGAGUUGAUGGAGAGUCAGGAUGCCCUCGUCCAAGCCCCCAUGGAUGGCUGGCCUCACUCCUACGUGUCCCAGGGCAUGUACUGUCUGGGGUCAUCUGAUGCCUGGGAAGCAAGUGACCAGUCCCUCAUUGCCUCUCCAGCUACAGGAUCCUACCUUGGCCCAGCAUUUGAUGACUCACAGCCCAGCUUGCAUGAAAUGGGGCCUUCCCAACCUGCUUCCGGGUACUGUGCUCAGGAGCCUCCUCCUUUGCUGGGGGGAGACACUGACUGGGCUCCGGGGGUGGGCGGCGUGGAUCUGGCAAGGGGCCCUGCCGAGGAGGAGAAGAGGCCAUUGGCCCCCGAGGAGGAAGAGGAUGCAGGAUGCCGGGACCUGGAGUCACUUUCCCCACGAGAAGACCCUGAGAUAUCCACUGCUCUCAGCCGGAAGGUGUCCGACGUCACAUCCUCCGGUGUGCAGUCCUUUGAUGAAGAAGAGGGCGAGGCUAACAACUAGCUUCUUCCCACUGGACGCCCUGCCUUCCACUCCCACCUGAGAGGCAUGGCUGCGACAAUACCCUCCCUUCCCCGGCAAUACAGCUGAAACCUGGGCAAAAGACUGCGAGGAACCCAGGAGCUGCCAGUCCCCGCCAGGAAAAUGCAGGGCCAGGAUGGCAUUUUCUCCAGGCUUGUGCUGUAGAAACCACAGGUCCAGGGACCGAGGCCCAGGCAACCAGAUGGCUGUGAACUUGAGUUGGCUGCGGGCUUCUGGGUCUGUGAUGGUGAGGCUCCAGUUGAUAUCGUGGGGACAGGAGCACAGAACAGCCUGCGGCCAUCGACUACAUCUCACUCUCUGAUUUCGUCUUCCAGGAGCUUUGACUGUGGCUGUUUGAACGCCCCCUUCCCCAUGUCACUCUUGCUUUUUCCAACUCUGUGUUUUCUCUGGCUGUGGCCUCAGUGGGACCCUACGUAUGAGGAACAGACCUCAGGGGCUGUUGAAUGUGGCUCGAUGGGCACAGGGAAGCCACAUCUCCUUAGAGGGUGGCGAGUCUGCCCCCAGUGGGUAACGUGGCUUCUGAGAUCAGGACUCAUAGAGAAUGUGGACGUGGCAGCUGGGACGCACAGGGGCACAAACACGAUUCUUUGUAUAAGGCCCACCCCGAGAUCAGAGAGUCACUGAUGGGACCAAGAACCAACACGGCCACCAGUUCUGGGAUCUUGACUAUCUUGUGGCUGAAAGGAGGGUCCUAAGGGUCUGGGAAAAGACCCAGUGAGCUGGCUGCCCCAGCUCUUGCUUCCUAUGUCUGCCUUCUUCCACCCCCUGCUCUGGGAGCCCCCGCCCUGAGGGGGUGACACAGAUUGCAGGUGUCCUGCCAGGCGGGGAAGCAUGAAGGCUGUGCCUCCCUCCAUCUAUCCCCUAAUUCUCUGGAGCUGUUUACACUUUUCUCUUUGCCUUUUCUACAUUUUUAUAACUUCUUGGGGACUCAGGUUGAGUGGAGUGGAGGGAGGAGUGUGGUGCUGUCCGGCCCCCCAGGUGGGGUGUUUGCUGAGGAGCAGUGUGGGCACUCGGCUCCUUUCUCCUUUCUCCCCCGUCUUCACAGCUCCUCCCAGGACUCCCAGGAGGCCCUAGAAGGCGUCCUUCCUCCCACGAUGGGUUUACAGUGAUGCAUAAGCCCCCGAACCUGCUUGCCCUUCCACACAGGUUCCACCUCCACUGGGGACUUCCCUGCAGAGCACAUCAAGCCCCAACACAUCUGUAAGGGAUCCUGAUGACAGGGACAGGCUAGGGCGAAGACGUGGCAGCUGUGGAGCACACUGCCCCUCCCUGUUGCAGUGGGACCCCAUCUCCCUGGCCCCUGGCAGAGGGAGAAUCUGGGUAGCUGUGAGAAGCUAAGAUGUUCAUUGCCUGCCUCCCCAUUUUCCUGUCUGUCUGCAGCUCCGAGUCCUCCUGUCUUACCCAAACUUCGGCAGGUGACCUACUGCCUAUGUUCUCUGCCCAAAAGUGAGCACUGUCACCUCUCUCAGACCCUGGGCACAAACUACCCCUCCCCAGAGGCCUACUUCUUUGGAAUGAGGAGGUUGAGAGUUGGGGUGUUUCUGUCCAUCUAUGACCCUACCGCCCCCCAAUGAAAUUCACACUUUCGUACAUGCCUGUACCUGAAAUGCAAUCAAGGCUGGGGUCCCAUGUCCUCAGGGGAGGAGGAGAUCAGUUGUUGGAGGAACCAGAAGUAGGCCUGCUGAGCCAGGUGGGUGGAGAGCUGCUUACCUCAUUUAAAGCUGUGGCUUGUGUGUGAUCACGUGACCUGACCUGACUCACAAGGUCCCAGGACCUACUGUCUAGGAGCUCUGGGAAGUGGCCUUGUGCCCAUGCUCCGCACUCCUGCUGCGGCUCUUGGGGUUUUGCAUGCUCAGGGUUUCCUCCUCCCAGGGGGUCCCUGUGUCCUCGCCUUGAGCAACUUGCUCUCUCCACGCAUCACCUUUUCCUCUUAGUCUCAUCCCCUUCGUGCCCCGUAUUCUGCCCCCAGACCGCAGUGGACAUCCACUCCAGUGAGUGGGCUCAUCCAUCACAGUUCCUUUUUGCUCAGGGCCCUGGGAGUUACGGGAGGUAGACGAACCGCUCUUUCCUCCUUCCCGUCCUUGAGGAAGCCUGCCUUCGGUUCCUGCCCAAGGAUGACUGAACUGUGAAAGAAUCGAGCAGAGUUACGACACCAGCAGGGCUGCGCGUCCCCAGUGCUGACGGCUGGCAUGUGUGCAGACCAGAGGUCCGCUGAGGGUCUGCAUUUGCAAGGAGCUUCCCUCCCACUCUGAAGAGGGAGAAGACCCAGGGAGCUGGCCUGGGACCCUCUUGGGACUCUUCUGGAGGGAGGGGCUGCCUCUGGGGCUGGGGGCAGGGUGCAUGGGGUUUGCUUAUAGCCUUUGGGGGGGGGGAGCAUGUGCAGGAAGAGGCUGUUGGGGUGGGGGAGGGGCGCUUUUCCUUUGGGGUUAAAGGCUGUGCAGCACGACUUACAACAGUCCCGGGAACAGGGCUGUUUUUACAUUAUUGUGAAUGAAACUGCUCAUGCUAAAUGAUUUUCUCAUGGUGGGGGGCGGGGUGCGCUUUUAUUUUCAAUUCACUUUAUUAAAGGAAAACCCAGCUCUUCCAUUCCUCCCCCUUCCACUGCCCCAGUUCCCGGCCCCUUCCUUCUUUAUCCUCGUGUUAAGGACGGCAUCUUAAUGAAUGAGGUUCAGACCCUCUCCCUGCCGCCACCUGUUCGGCCCAUACUUGUCUUCCAGGUCUGGGGACUAUCCAUUCUUAUGGCCAGUCUCAGCAUGUUUUCUUGACGUGACAUUCCCGCCCCAGGCCCAAGAGAGAUUCUAUGACAUAUAUUGCAGAGAGAAUUAUAUAUAAAUAUAUAUCAAUAUUAUAGUUAUAUACACAUGGGCAUGGGCUUGAAUGCCCAGGGCCAGCCGCCUCCCCAGGUUGCAGCCUCUCGGCCUGGGGAGGAGGCAGGCAUGGAACAUUGGGGAGGGCUCCAGGCUGUGUUCAGUGGCACUAAACAGAAUGUGGUGGCAU